AUGUACAAAGACAACAAAUAUAGAUACUUAAAAUUAAUCACUCUCAUGGCCACAACAACAACCACUGCUGCUACUACAACAACAACAACCAAAGCUCAACUCAUUAAAGUCCAAGCUCAGCCCAUCAAGCCCAAACGCCGUAAAUACCGUGAAACCACCAUUUCCUCCUCUGCCUCCGCCACCACAACAAAUAACUCUGAAUCCGGGUACUUGGCCCAAACCAGAAAACUUGACCCACCAACAAUAGUCUCCCCAGAUAACUCUUGGUGCUGUCCAGCUUCUAAACCUCUCCCAACUCCACCUCCUCCUCCUCCACCACCAUCACCACCUCCUCAAAACACCCGUUUGCCCAUUAACCCGAGUGCACAACCCGACCUGGUUAUAACCUCACCUUCAAAAUUCAAGAUCCGGUUAUCUCCAGGGAGCCAGUCACCAAUCAUGGACUUUACAACAACGACAACGCUGACAAAUGGCCACCACCACAUUGCUUCUCCAAAUGAACACUCCUCUUUCCCUUCUAGUUUUACUAAGUUUAACUCUGCACUCACUGCUGGUCUGUUAAACCCUAUGUCACCUCCACCACCCGAUCAUAAACCCCGGUCUAGUCCGACCCUUUUUGAAAUGAUGGCUAGUGAACCCGAAAUGCAACCCAGAACUAUUACUCAGAUACCCAUUAAUGCCAAUAAUGGAAAUAUCAGUGUGAGAAACACACAGAGCAGUCAAAUGUCGGUUCAAGAUAGACAAGCUUUAAUCUUGCAACGUAUAACUGACCUUUUGGAAAACAGUAGUCCUGGUAAUCAGUUUAAUGAUUCGAGUUCUAGUGAUGUGAAGUUGACAUUGAGUUCUAAAGAUGGGAUUAGUGUUUCAAUGAAUGUGCAUAGACAGAUCUUGGUGGUUCAUAGUCGUUUUUUUGCCGUGAAAUUGUCGGAUAAGUGGGCUAAUAAGCAACAAAGAAUGUCGGUUCCUUGUGUCGUCGAGAUUGCUGACUGUGAUGAUGUUGAGGUUUAUAUUGAGACUUUGAGGUUAAUGUAUUGUAAGGAUCUGAGAAGGAAGCUUAUGAAGGAGGAUGUGUCUAGAGUUCUUGGAAUUUUAAAGGUAAAUUCUUUCUUUUUUAAUGUUCUUUUGUUGUUAGAAACUGUUUCUGCAGCAAUUGGGUUUGAUGCUGGGGUUCUAUCUUGUUUGGAAUACUUAGAGGCUGCUCCAUGGGCUGAGGAUGAAGAAGAGAAGGUGGCAUCCCUGUUAUCGGAGCUUCGCCUUGAAGGGGUUGGAGCAUGCGAAGUUUUGAAGAGGGUUUCUAUUGAAGCUACUAAUGGAACUGCUGAUAGUAGUAACAACGAAGAAGUGCUUCUUAAGCUUUUACAUGUAGUUCUGGAAGGCAAAGAUGAGAAAGCAAGGCGUGAGAUGAAAGGGUUGGUGUCAAAGAUGCUUCGUGAAAAUUCUUCUCAGAAUGACCUUCGGAAAGAGUCAUUGUACUCGGCAUGCGAUGGGUGUUUGCAAUUGCUUCAAGACCACUUUCUCCAGGCAGCCUUGGGGGAUUUGAAUGAUGUUGGACAGAUUGCACGGCAAGCAGAUAACUUGCAUUGGAUUUUGGAUAUUUUGAUUGAUAGACAGAUUGCUGAGGAUUUUCUGAAAACCUGGGCCUCCCAGUCUGAAUUAUCUGAUGUACAUUCUAAAAUUCCAGCUGUUCAUAGGUAUGAGGUUAGUAGAGUUACAGCUAGGUUGUUUGUUGGGAUCGGAAAGGGGCAGCUGUUGGCAUCAAAGGAAGCAAGAUGCUUGCUUCUACAGACAUGGUUGGUGCCAUUUUAUGAUGAUUUUCGUUGGAUGAGGAGGGCAUCAAAAGGCCUCGAUCGACAUUUGAUUGAGGAUGGUCUUAGUAACACAAUUUUAACUCUGCCGCUUGCUUGGCAACAGGAUAUUUUGCUUGCUUGGUUUGAUCGAUUUCUGAAUUCUGGUGAAGAUUGCCCUAAUAUACAAAGGGGAUUUGAGGUUUGGUGGAGGAGGGCAUUUUGGAGACGUAGUGGUGAGCAGGAAAGGACACGGCCAAUAAGAAUUACAACUGCAACCAUUGAGAACUCGUAA